AUGACAGAGAGAAAACUUGUACGACGUCCCAAGAAAGCGAUUCGGAAAGAUAUUUCAACUUUCAAUGAAACACAUCAAGAUACCAAUACACGCAAACAACAAUAUUCAACAUUGGUUUCAAGUUAUUACAGCUUAACAACAGAUCUCUAUGAGUUAACUUGGGGUCCAAGUUUCCAUUGUGCGAAUCGGUUUCGUGCGGAGACAUUCGCUGAAUCAAUUCAACGACAUGAAUCUUAUCUAGCACUACGCAUGCAACUGAAACCAGGCGAUAAAGUACUCGAUAUUGGUUGUGGUGUCGGAGGACCAUUGAGACGUAUUGCAUACUUAUCAGGUGCACAUAUUACCGGUGUGACGAUUAGUGAAUAUCAAGUACAACGGGCUAGAGAGAUUGAUGUGCCAGCGAAUUGUGAAUUUGUUCAUGGUGAUUUCAUGAAUUUGCCAUUUGAAGACAAUACUUUCGAUCAUGUUUAUGCCAUUGAAUCUGUCUGUCAUGCGCCAAAUAAGGCGAAAUGCUUGGCUGAAGUUUUUCGUGUCCUUAAACCUGGUGGUUCAUUUGUUGGUUACGAUGCUUGUGUUACCGACAAAUAUGAUCGGCAGAAUCCUGAACACGUUGAAAUCAUACGCUCUUUAGAAGCAAACUUUGCUUUGCCAGAACUCCGGCCUACUGCUGAAUUCGCUUCAGAUCUUGAAUCUGUUGGAUUUACUGUUGAAGAAAGUCGAAUCAUUCCCGAUGGUGAUGUUCCUGAUUAUCAACCAUUUGACAAAGGUCCUUCGUUGCGCUCAUGCAACUAUCAUCGUACAGGUCCUCUUGCUCGACGAUUGGGACACUAUAUGAUCUGGCUAACAGAGAAGAUUCGUUUAGCUCCGAAAGGCAGCACUUUGAUAAGUACGACGUGUCAGAAAUCAGUGGCAGAUUUCUUGCGCGCUCGUAAACUUGACAUAUUUACAUCGUUGUACUUUUUCUUUGCUCGGAAAUCUACAUUUUAA